ACUACUGAUCUCUGUUUAUCUCUUUCAACUAAUGUGGUCUCUCAGGGCACAUGACGGGCCUUGAAUGCAGAUUGUGUGUGUGUGUGUGUGUGUGUGUGUGUGCAGUAGAUGGUCUGACUGAAUAUGUCUUUGUAUGUGUCUGAAAGAUAGAAGUACUCUUGAUUUAGUUCAGAAAUUAAGAAUCUGCUGAAAUUGGAUUAUUAAAUAUAUUAUAGGCCACACAAAAUUGAAUAUUUUCAUCCAAUGGAAUCUGUUUUCAUAUCACAAGGCACCCAGUAUGAAGACCUUUCUGAAUUUCUUCUGGACUAUUACUGACCGAGUCGAGAACAGCGGAGACUGACAGCGGUGAAUAUAGGAUGGGUUGUGCUUGUAGUGGCCAGAAACAUCGCAAAGACUCAAAGGGUAAAGGCCAUGGACAUCAUAAUUCAUCAAACUCUAACGCAUCUCAUUUGUCAAGAGAUCACAGGAAGCAAAGCAGCAAUCAAGAUGAAGACAUUGUUAUUGCUCAAUAUGACUUCCAGCCUGCGAGUGAUCAUGAUCUUCAAUUCAAAAAAGGGGACAGACUCAAGGUUAUUAAGGAGACUGGUGAAUGGUGGUUGGCGAAGUCUUUGGACACAGGAUAUGAGGGAUAUAUUCCAAGUUCAUACGUGGCAAGAGCACAAACGUUGGAGGUGGAGAGAUGGUUUUUCAAGGGCAUGAGUCGCAGAGACACAGAGCGUCUUCUGUUGGCGCCAGGAAACAAACCUGGUUCAUUUCUUGUGCGCGAAAGUGAAACAACCAAAGGUGCUUUCUCUCUGUCUGUAAGAGACUCCACUCCAGAGCAAUGUGAUGUGGUCAAGCACUAUAAGAUCCGAGCCCUCGAUAAUGGUGGCUUUUACAUCUCUCCCUCCACGACCUUUUCUUCUCUUCAGGAUCUAGUGAAGUAUUACUCCAGGACAGCGGAUGGUUUGUGCCAGAGGCUUGGAAGUCCCUGUAAAUCCACCACCCCUCAGAGACCCUGGGCUCAAGAUGAGUGGGAGAUUCCCAGAGAGACUCUGAAGAUGGUGAAUAAACUUGGUGCCGGACAGUUUGGAGAAGUGUGGAUGGGGUAUUACAAAAACAGCCAGAAAGUGGCCAUCAAGACUUUGAAAGAAGGCACCAUGGAGCCAGCGGCCUUCCUACAGGAGGCCAAUCUGAUGAAGCAGCUCAAGCAUGACAGACUGGUGAAAUUACACGCUGUCGUCACCAAAGAGCCCAUCCUGAUCGUCACAGAAUACAUGGCUAAUGGAAGCUUGUUAGACUUUCUGAAGACAGAUGAUGGACAUAAAUUAAAACUUCCCAAGCUGAUUGAUAUGGGUGCUCAAAUUGCGGAGGGCAUGGCUUACAUAGAGAGGAAAAACUACAUUCACAGAGAUCUGCGUGCCGCUAAUAUUCUCGUCUCGGAGACCCUGCACUGUAAAAUAGCAGACUUCGGCCUCGCCAGGAUCAUCGAAUCUGAAUACACUGCACAGGAAGGUGCAAAGUUCCCUAUUAAGUGGACGGCCCCUGAGGCCAUCAACUUUGGUACUUUCACCAUCAAGUCAGACGUCUGGUCCUUUGGAGUUCUUCUGACAGAGAUUGUCACAUAUGGCAGAGUACCGUAUCCAGGCAUGACGAAUCCGGAGGUGAUCCGUAACCUCGACAGGAGCUACAGAAUGCCGUGUCCGGAUGGAUGUCCAGGAGAGCUCUAUGACAUCAUGCUGAAGUGCUGGAAGGAAAGGCCCGAGGACAGACCCACCUUUGAGCACCUACAGGACACACUCAAUGACUUUUUCAUUGCUACUGAGGGCCAGUACGAGAUGCAACCAUAGCCUCCAUUCAGAAACUGUAUGAAUGAAUAGAUGAACUAUAAAGAGGAUGUACUAAAAACACAUUGGAAUGAAAGGACUAAACCCCGGACCAAAAGAUGGAUUAUGGGGAAUAUACUAAGAGCAGGGGUAGCCAACCCCUUCCUGAAUUCACUUCCAAUCCAACCUGUUAAGGCCCGUUCACACCAAGAACGAUAACUGUAAAGAUUACAGACCAAUUUGGAGCAGACGUCAGCGGUAAAAACAGCGGUAACAAGUGGAGGAAAAUGGGCAAAAUCCACAGAAUAAGAGAGAAAUGUUUUGUUGUGCCUUUGGAUGUCAGAAUCGGAAUGCAAAAAAUAUAGUCUUCAUUUUUAUAGAAUGCCGUCGUUGAAGAUGCCCUUUGAAGCUAAACGCAGAUGUUUAUUAAGUCACAGACUGGACUGAUGAAACCUAGUCUACUAUUAAAGCAUGAAUUUGAUGUAAACAGUAAGUCUACAUAAUAGUCACAGUUCAUAGGGGACAGUUAAAGCAUGAAAUAAUAUUUAAACCUAUAACAUUUUACAUAGAUAACUUAUUUAUCUCACAAUUCUGACUUUUUUUUCUUGCAUUUGCAUUUUUAUAUGCCCCAGUUUGGACUUUAUAACUUGCAAUUGUGAGUUUAUAUCACAAUUCUGAGGGAAAAAAGUCAGAAUUGCACGAUAUAAACUCACAAUUAUGAGCAAAAAGGACAGAAUAACGAGUAUAUUUCACAAUUCUGUUUUUCCUUCUAAAAACUGAGAUAUAAACUUGGAUUUCCUAGAAAAAAAAGUCAGAAUUGUGAGAUAUAAACUUGAAAUUAACUCUUUAAAAAAAAAAAAAAUUAUUCUGUGGCUUCUAUAGAGUACCUCAGGGAUGACGUGUUUUUGUAGGCCAACCCGGAAGUUAGCGGUGCACGGGUUCCCUCGAUCAAAAGCCUAUGCAUUUUUCCCAUAGACUUUUAGAAAAUCGCAAAAAAUAAGCUCUGUGUUUAACAAAGGGUUAUGACACUUGCACGUUUUGUCUAUCAAGAUAAUCUUUAGAAGUUAAUACAACAUUUAUACAUUUUGAAGCCUAAAUAAAGUCGUCAGAUAUAAAAAGCUAAUAGGCUAUAAACGGACUACAGCACACCCUGGUCGCGGAUCAACGUCACCACCACCAAGCUUCCUCAAACUUUAUUUAGAAAACAACUUUAUUUAAAAACAUGUUCGCUGAUUAUGAUCUGUGCUGUGUAUGAAUACUUAUCCACUUUUUCAUGAGAAAUUCUGUCCAAAUGUCCUGUUUGUCAUGAUGACGUCUAAAGUCCCCACCAAAGGAAGUAGUCCCUUUUAGCAAUUUGUUAGCAACCGCUGUUUUUAAGACACAAUAAAGGUUUUAAAAAAAUCACAAGCGGGUUAUAACUGGUGUGUUUUAUGUCAUAGAUCAAAACAUGAAAAUAUUUAGAGGCUUUGUUAACCACACACCUUAUUUCAGGCGAUUUAGCAAAAACCCAUUCAAAAAACCCAUAGAAUUUAGGGCGAUGGAACCGGAAGUCCUAAAAUGCUAACUGGCUUCCAGGUUUUGCCUACAAAAACACGUCAUCCCUGAGGUACUCUAUAGACCUUAUGCGCCAGAGAAACAAGCGCACCGCCAUCUUUUUUAUAAUAUUGUCUUUAAACUUCCGUUUUCGCGGUAGCUCUUUAUAUUUCUAUAGCAUUGCUGUCAAAGAAUAAUUAGCUGGUGAAGUGGAUUUACUUGUUGUAGAGUUAAUGAAAGUUAUCGUGAGCAUUGUGAUGUUUAAAGCAGAUGUCUUAACAAAUGUCAGUCGACCGGGAGGAUUAUAAAACGAGCAGUUCAUUCAUAAAUACGUAAGUUCGCUGUGGAAAUACAAACCGGAAGACAAAAGACAACGAGCGCAGCGCUGAAAAGGGGCGGGGACUGCUACUGCAGAACGGUCAUUUUCUGCCACCAGGUAGGCUCCGCCCACAAAACACAUGAUCGCUGUUUGCAAACACAUAUUGGCUCACGCGCUGCAGUUUCAAAGUGUGUACAACAUGUAAUUUGGGUUCUUGUUGCAUUGACACGGCUUUAACCAGCAGAUGUCCUCAGCAUGCUAUGUUUCGAGUGAAUAGCUAGCGUAAUCGAUCUAAUCUAACAGUGAAUUUAGCUGAAGAAGUCAAUAUAGUGGAAUAAAAACAACACCUAAUCUUUUUCUCUGCAACUUCAAAGGACGUAAGACAAUGUUGUCGAAACUAGCGCGGGAAACCUGAGGUAAUUUUAUGAUUUUUUUGGACCUCUGCAACGUCGUCUGCCAUUUUAAAUGCGCGAGCCCUUACAUUACAAUGGAUUCUGAUUGGCUGUGGCUACAUGCAACCAAAUUAUCCGUUAGUAGUCGGAUUGAUUGCUUAAUCGGACUGAAAAACCUUCAUGUAAACACCUUAAUCGAUCCGAUCGAGUGAAAUUGUGGUUAUUGUGCGCAAACAGCUGGAAACUCUGUAUAUUAGUGUAGUGUGUGUGCAUGUCAAAAAAUCAAUUCCGAUUAGAAGCUUGUGAUAUAAACAGUGUUUUAUCGUUCAACAGCUGGAAAAAAAAUCGUUCUGAAAGUGAUGCCAAUAAUAGGCCUAUCAUUCCUCUAUAUUGUUAUUGUUAUAGCUGUGGUGUGGACUCUGCAAUUCUUUUGUAUUUAGAACGAUUUUUGGAACUAUAUCUUUAUCGUUCUAGUUAUCGUUCUUGAUGUGAACGGGCCUUUAAACCUUGAUCACCUUGAUUAGCUGGUUCAGGUGUGUUUGAUUAGUGCUGAACUCUGCAGAGUUGGAGAACCCUGUACUAGAGCAACAACAAGAUUGCCUCCUUGUGUAUCUGUAAAUAUGUUUUUUUUACACUCAUAUCAAUGUUGUCAAGGUUUAGUGUAUUUCUAAGAUUUGUUUUGUUUUGUUUUGUUGUUGUCUUAGUAUAUUUUAUAAGUCAUCAUGAAAUCAAAAUGGACAAUUCUUAUUAUUUUUUGGAAUAUUGCAGUAUUUAUUAUAAAUGAUUUUUCCUGCACAUUA